AUGUCCCUCCCCAACAUCUGGCAUCUCCGCCGAGUCGCGGACACCGCCGCCCGGGCGUGCUCCAUCUGCCACAAACCGUCCAGCAGCGUGCUGAUCACGCCGGACAACAAGGACUUCUUCUACGUGUGUCCUGUGCACCUGAAAGAUCGCAAUUUCUGCUCGCCGGUCGUGGAUGCGGAGGAGCAGGGGGAGAAACGUAAGAAGGAAGCCAUGGCGGCGGAGAUUGAGAAGGUGAAGAGGGAGUAUGAGGAGAAGCAGAAGCGGAAGAAGGAGAAGGAGAAGUCUAAAGAAAAAGAGAAAGAGGAAGGGAAAGAUAAGGAGGAGAGUGCGAAGAAAGAUGAUCAGAAGUCGGACGAGAAGGAUAAGAAGGCGGAUGAGAAGGAGAGGGAUGAUAAGAUCGCAUCCAUUGAAAAGUCCGAAACCACGUCUUCAGCUAAUGAUUCGCCUCGUAUCUUCGCUUUGCACAAGUAUGUUAUGUUUGCCCAUUUAACCGGUCAUGCAUACAUGGCAUGGCAUGGUCUUACUAUCUCCCAUGGCCUGACUGACCUGACCCAAUCUAAUCUGAUCAACAACUAA